CGGGACGGGAAUAAUCGUUGAAAAGAGGAGAAUUUUUAGGGAAAAUCCGUAAAAUAUUCGGGAAAUCUCAACGGAAUGUAGUUUCGAGCGAACCAGGCAGUUUGGAGUUUCGAUUUGCGCACAAGACUCGAGUCCCGCAUCGAGGUUGUCCUUGUGAGGGUAGUGUUCGGACGAUUUUUACCGCAAAAGGACUGUUUUACUCUACUCCAAAUCCAAAUAUGAUCGUAUAGAAUCGUUUUUAAAUCCCAAUCCGAACAAUCUUGCACAGAAUUUCGUUUCUGUUUCCCUUUUAAGCAUUCGAUUUUCACCCUAACAUUUUCCACGGCACGAUGUUCUCCGGACUUACAAAUCAGGUCAGCUCAUGGAUGGGAAAGGCUGAUGCUGAAGAAAAGGUUCCAACACCUACAGGAGAAGUUGCUACUACUCCUGAAAAGAAAGAUACAAGUCCAACAAAGCAUAGUAAACUGGAUAUGCUUUCAAACGUAAAAAGUCAAAUUGGAGGAAUUGGGGGGUGGUUAGGUUCCAGCAUUCCAAAGUUGCGUAAGAACGAAGAUGGUGACCACCAAGAAGAACAACCCUUGGGCGAAGACGCUGGACCACCCGCAACAGCAGACGGCCCAAAAGGUCCAUCACAGACGAAGGAACGCGGCGGCGACGACGACGACAAUUCCAGGGAAUGUUUCAGCGCUACUGGAGGGGCCGAUUCUGGGCCGCAAUCCGCAGCGGAAUCACCAACUGAGGAAAAAGAGGGUCAGUUUGGAAAUGCAGUUCAAAGUAAAGCUAUAGCUGGAGCUAAAUCAUUUGGAAGUUUCAUUUAUAGUGCUGUUAACAAGGCUGGAAAAACAGUUAGUGAAGCCAGUGCUAAAAUUAAGAAAACUGUCGAAGAAAAUAGUAUUUUGGGUGAGUUUAACAAAGAACAAGAAGCGUUUAUGAAGAGUCAAUCGGGUAAUGCAAGUUCAAGCGCACUUCCACCAUGGGCUGGAUGUCCGAAUGAGUUGGCAUUGAAAGAGGAAUGUCUUACGUUAUCCACGGAUCGUCGAAAUUUCGUUCGUAGUCCACCGGCUGGUGUUGAUUUUACGUUCGAUUACGAAGUGUCUUAUCCUAUCGCCAUGGCCAUUAUGGAGCAAGAUCCAAAUCUAGAAAAGAUGCGUUAUGAUCUCGUCCCUAAAAAUAUAAGCGAAGAGAAUUUCUGGAGGAACUACUUUUAUAGAGUGACUCUUCUCUGCCAGGCAAAUGAUGCUUCUCAUAUGUCUCGUGAUGUCGAUAGUCAAUUAACUUCCGAUCAACCUUUAGAUAAAGAUGUUAAAGAAAUCGAGCCGCAUGAAUUUGUUUCCGAUAGCUUAAAGGUUACCUCACAGGACAUUGUUGAGGUUCAGGAACAAAUGAGAAAGUUAACUAUGAAUUCGAAGGCUACAGAAGAAGAAUGGGAAAAAGAAUUGGAAGCUGAACUGCAAGAUUAUGAGAUGGUCUCCGAGCAGAAACCGUCGACGAAAGGUGAAGCUUGGGAUCGGGAUAUUCAGGAGCUUCUCGAAGACGAGCAGCUUAAAUAAUAUAUUUAAUGCGUUUCAUGCUCGAUCCCGACAUUCCGUUUAUUAUAAUUUUUUUAAGUAUUUUAUACGUUUUUUGUUAUUUAAAUAUUAUUUUAAUUAUUCAAAUUCUAGUCAGCGUAACGUGGUCUGCACCAACAACAAAAUUUCCAUACGCAAAAAAUCUAACUUAUCCUAUAAAAUUAAUAUAAAAACUAAUAAUAAUUAAACAAUAAAAACGUUGUUGUUUGUGAGGCGUUUAUGUUGGCAUUGAAGGCUGUUGAUAUUUUCCGUAGUUUUUAAGUGGAAGAAUGUAAUGUGUAAAUAGCUUCGCGAUGGUAAAAAAAUUUUCCUCUUCCUUCCCCCUACAUACACAAAAAAAUAUAAAAGCGCGUUGAAAACGUUGACACUAAAAUUGAAAUGUUUCAACAAAACGUGAUUAUUAUCAUUAUUAGCAUACAUAUUAUCGUUUUCAUUACCCCGAUUCGGGAGGUUUAUUGCGAACGGCGAAAUGCAUGGCAUAAUUUCCUCGACGGUGUAAAAUAGCAUAAUAUAGCAUAAUAUUAUAUAGCAAUUGUGUGUUAAGCAUGUUAAAUAUGUACUCUCCUGUUAUAAUACUGAGAAUUGUUAAAUAAAUGUAGCAUAUGUGCCCUGGA